AUGAGUGUGGAUGAGUAUUCCUUGAAGUUUACCCUAUUGUUUAAGUAUGCUCCAUCUUUGGUGUCCAACCUUAAAGAUGAGAUGAGUAGGUUGGUGACCGGUGUAUCCGACCUAGUUAAGGAAGAGUGUCGUAUGGCGAUGCUCCAUGAUGACAUGAACAUUUCUAUACUUGUUGUGUAUGCUCAAUUUAUUGAGGAGUCCAAACUUGAGAGAAAUAAUAUGAAGAUGAAGAGGCCUAGGUCCGAUGAACAAAGUCAACCAAGGUCCAAAAAGAGAUCUAUAUGUGCCAAGUGUGGGAAGCAAAAUUUGGGUAAGUGCCUUGCCGACACAGAUGGGUGCUUUGGGUGUGGAAAGAAGGGUCAUAAGAUGAGAGAUUUCCCAACACAUUUGGCAAAAGGGAGAGAUACCAAACAAGCUUCUCUUAAUGGCCCGGAUCUUGAUGCUCCAAAGUGGAACCGUUUCUAUACUCUUCAAGCUAACAAGGACAACGGAGCUAAUCCGGAUGAAGGUACCGGUAAGUGA